UCAGCAGCAGAUGGAGAGGUUCUAUGCGCUUGUGGCCAAUGUCCAGGCGCUGAGAGCCAUGUUCAAGGAGGCAGCGGUGCCCAGCUGCCGCGACGUCGACGUUUGCGGCGGCGGUGGCAGGGAGCAGUGCCAGAAGAGGCCGAGGGCGGCGCCGUGGCGGCCGGCGUUCGAGAGGAGGACAAAGGCGAAGUUACCGAGGGGAAACAAGUCGCCAUCGCCAUCGUCGCAGACGGGCCUGGGAAGUCGACGACGAUGCCUCCCACGCUGCGCUCCUCUCCUCCUCCGCGCCGCUGCUCGCCUCGCUCAAGUCCUUCCUCGCAGCGCGUGGGCUCGCCGGAAACCUCUCCUCCGCGCUCGUGUUCGUCGCGGGAGGCGGACGGGCUGGAGGAGGCGACCGCGCCGAGGCCGAGCGCUUCCUCCGCGCCGUCGCACCCAGGCCGCCGUUGUCUGUGCCCGCUGCCAUCGCACCCAGGCUGCCACCCACCGAGUCCGCGCCGAGGUUGCCGCCGUCGCGCCCAGGCCGCCGCCCGCGGAGCCCUCCGCCGUCGCGCCCAGGCCACCGCCCGCGGAGGCCGCCGCCGUCGCGCCCAGGCCGCCACCCCCGGAGCCCUCCGCCGCCGUCGUGCCCAGGGCGCUGCCCGCUGAGUCCGCGCCGAAGCCGCCGCCCGCCGUCGGCCACAGCGCUGCGUAGCGCCGGCCGCCGGUAGUCAUCGGGGGAGAA